AUGCCCCGCCUAGCCGUCUUCGCGGCGGCGCUCGCGCUCGCAACUGUAGCGGCCGCCAAGCGCGCCGACAACCCGUACUGCAAGAUGGACCCAUUUAUCAAUCCGGCCAAAGACCUAUGCAACCCACUCCGAUAUAUCCCCAGCCUCCCGCUGAACGCAACGGCUGUUGCGCUGUACGCAGCCUGCGCGUCGGUGUUUACGUUCUACGAGUUUCGCCAUCGCGGCAAGUACUUUCUCUGCUUGACUAUCGGAACAUGGUGUGAGGCCAUCGGACUCGCCCUCCGCAUCGCUCUGCGCAAGGAUCCACAUUCCCUUGGCCUCUACAUCGCCAUGUACAUGUUUGUCGUGCUCUCGCCAUGCGCCUUCCUCGCGGCUGACUACAUCCUCCUCGGACGCAUAGUCAAGCAUCUCAAGGCGUCGCGAUAUCUCUUCCUCAACCCCGACAAGGUCUCGUGGACCUUUGUCAUCUCUGACAUCAUCACGUUCUGCAUCCAGGCCGCGGGCGGAGGCAUGUCGACGUCUGAUGGUAUGCACAAGAUCGGCUCCAACAUCUUCCUCGCUGGUCUCAUCCUCCAACUCAUGAGCUUUGCUCUCUUUUCCAUGCUCUACCUCGUCUUCCUAUUCCGAGUACGAAAAGACAGUAAAGUCUGGAACCACCCCGGUUGGAAGCCGCUCUAUUCGGCCCUCGGCGUUACAUGUAUCAUGUUCCUCACUCGUUCCGUGUUCCGCACGAUCGAGUUGAGCCAGGGAUACGCGGGCCACCUCACCAUUCACGAGGUGUAUUGGGCGGCGCUGGACGCGUUGCCCCUCCUCCUCGGAAUCGCGGUGUACUGCUACUUCUGGCCGCCAGCGAUCCUCACGCCCGAGAGCGCGAUCGUCGCCGAACCGGAAGCCGGCGGUGACGAGACUGAGUCGUCAAGCGGCACACCGAGCCACAUCACGGAGGACAAGGCGUGA